AAAAAGAAAAAAAAGGGAACAAGUUGUGCAGCUGAGGAAUUGGCAAUGGGAUUGGACCCUUUCCUUCUCUUAGAACAAACUCCAAAGUCAACAAUCUAAGAAUGUGGAUAAGGCCGUAUUUCUUGAAUUGCGUGAUUACCAGUGUUUGCCGUAAAUUCAAUGGGGUCUUCAAGGAUCAUAAUCCAACGGUUCAUAACUCAAAACAUUGGAAUGAAGAAAGCGGGUGUUUGGUUUGGGAAAGAUUGGACCAAACAUGCCUCUAUCAUAGAGAUAGAGAACACUAAAAAAGGACACCAAGAGUGAGAGAGACUGAGACCUCCCUUCCCUUUUAAAGGAAAGGUAAAAAGUUCGUGGAUUUCGAGGCCAAAAUCCGCCACCUCCUUCGCUGCCAUUCUCUCUUUUCCUUGUAUCUGGGUGUCUUUUAGAUAAAAGAUGAGUACGCUGGAUGCAACUAGAGCAGAACUUGCUCUUAUAGUUUUGUAUUUGAAUAAGGCUGAAGCAAGGGAUAAGAUAUGCAGGGCUAUACAAUAUGGUUCGAAAUUCUUAAGUAAUGGGCAACCUGGCACAGCCCAAAAUGUUGACAAGUCAACCAGCUUGGCUCGGAAAGUUUUCCGUCUUUUUAAGUUUGUCAAUGACUUGCAUGGUCUUAUUAGCCCAGUUCCUCGAGGAACUCCCCUUCCACUAGCUCUGCUGGGAAAGUCCAAAAAUGCGCUGUUGUCAACUUUCUUGUUUCUCGAUCAAAUUGUCUGGCUUGGCAGAACAGGUAUCUAUAAGAACAAAGAAAGAACUGAGCUGAUUGGACGGAUAUCUCUUUUCUGUUGGAUGGGUUCUUCAAUCUGUACCACCUUGGUUGAGGCUGGGGAGCUCAGAAGGCUAUCUAAAUCAAUGAAAAAGUUGGAAAAGAAUCUUAAGGACAGUGAUAAGUACAAGAGUGAGGAAUACUGUGCCAAGCUCCAAAAAUCAAAUGAGAGGACUCUAGCUCUUGUUAAAGCAGGACUGGAUAUAGUGGUAGCAGUUGGCCUUCUUCAAUUGGCACCUAAGAAAGUCACCCCUCGUGUAACAGGGGCUCUUGGAUUUGCUACGUCUCUCAUCUCCUGUUAUCAGUUGCUUCCGUCACCAUCCAAGUCCAAGGUAAACUGAAGUGGGAAGCCUGUUUUGCUCAUCAAGCUCGAGUAUCAUCAUCUAAAUAAAUUCAACUUGUGCGUUUAAGGUUUGAAGAAUUUGUCAACUUGGGGGUGAACUCGGACUUACUCUUCCUAUUUAUAGCACCACUGUUGUUGCAUAUCUUUCAGGCUUUCAACAAAAAUAAUACUAUUAUACAUGCUAUCAUUUCUUCACAUUCAUGUAUUUAGGCAGAGUUCAUAUAUAUAUACUGUGCUCUGUUUGACACAUUUUAUUCCAAGCCGAUUUAGUGACAUCCCACUUGGGUAAUAAGUUUUGAUUGAAGGUCAACCUAGCAGAAAACAAGAUUCGAUUUCUGAAUGGCCAAGGCUUUGAUAUAUAACACUAGCACAUAAAACCAGAAUAUAAGCUAAUCCAGAACAAGGUUACACGCUUUAGUUUCCAACAAGCUUCCAUGUGAAAGGUUAGCUCAGAUGUCAAAUUCUUCCUCGUCCUCGUCUUCCACUUCCCAUUCAUAUCCAUAUUCCACCUCACCUUCAUUUCCCUGCAGUAAAUUCAGAAUUUGCUCCAAGUCUCUCACACGCAUCUGCAAACUGGUUAUAGAGCUCAUCUGCUCAGGUAAAGUUGGCAGUGAAUAACUCUGUACCUCUAGCACGAAUUUUUCUGGGGGUUCAAGUAUCUGAAUACCAAAAGCAGGAGAUAAUGGGCGUCCCACAACUUGAACAUGUGACACACUGCAAUGAUGCCCCACAUAUUGCGUUAUUAGAGGGGCAUGGGAAAAUGGUCAUAGAAAAACUAAAGAUACCUAGAUAUGGAUAUUAUGAUUGAAAUUUAUGGCAAAUCUAUACUCAUAACUCUACUGCAAUGUACGAGUAGAGAAGGGGUGCAUUUGACCGUACCAGAUAUAGAACAAGCCAUCUAUUUCCUGUCUCUGGACCCUACUCAACAGCUCAAUCUGUAAUAUUCCACCAAUGCAAAGAAUAGGCUCUGGAAGCUUGAAAGUCUGUAAGCGGUUUUCCUGUUUAGUAAAAAACUGUGUCAGUGCUCUUGUAUAAGUUCUUACAAAACUAUAUGAAUGAAAAAAAGAACCAACUUCAAUAAAA